AUGAUGGCCAUCAUCGGCAUGUUCUUCCAGGAUGGCCUCACAGGCUCCGCCUGGGGAGACUGGGCGCUGUACACGGACUCGCCCCUUCGGGCCUUCGAGGGAGAGCUGGGCGUGCAGGCUCCUGUGGGAUUUUGGGACCCGCUCGGGCUAUCUGCAGAUGGAGAUGUGGACACCUUCAAGCGCCGACGCGCUGUUGAAUUGAAGCACGGCAGGAUUUGCAUGCUGGCAUGCGUCGGUUAUAUUGUCCCGGAGUACUUCAGAUGGCCUGGCUAUCUGUCCCCCGAGAAGGGAAUCAAGUUCGCGGACGUCCCGCACGGCAUCGCCGCGAUCUCCAAGGUCCCUCUGGAGGGCUGGUUGCAGAUUGUCCUCUUCAUUGGCCACUACGAGGGCUACUUCUGGCGCCAGGACUCCAAGCGCGCCCCUGGUGACUAUGAGGGCUACGGCUUCCUGGGUGUUGGCAAGAACUUCAUCAUCAACGUGGACCCUAUCGAGUUUCAG